GAGGGGUGUCGCUGCUCUCCGCCUAGAGAUGGCUCCAGAUGCUGCAGGCCUUGCUCCAGACUAUCAGUUUUGGCUGCAGAAGCUUUCUAUAUGGGAGCAGGCCUCCUCCAAGGAAACCCAGCAGGACACCUGUCUCCACCUGUCCCGGUUCCAGGAGUUCCUGAAGCAGAUGUAUGAAAUCUUGAAAGAGAUGGAUUCUAGGGCAAUCCUGGAAAGGUUCCCCAAAAUUGGUCAGCUGUUGGCAAAAACUUGUUGGAAUCCUCUCAUCUUAGCAUAUGAUGAAAGCCAAAAAUUUCUAAUAUGGUGCUUAUGUUGUCUGAUGAACAAAGAACCACGGACCCCUGGAGAAUCCGAGCUUAACUUCUGGAUCCGCGGUUUGUUAUCGCACGUGCUUUCUGCAUUCAGAUUUGACGUGAAAGAAGUUGCUCUUUUUACUGAAAGUCUCGGAUAUGAGCCUGUUGAUUACUGUCCUAGCUUGCUUAAAAACAUGGUUUCGUCAUUAGUGUCUGAGCUCAGAGAGUGUCAUCUUAAUGGACUGGACACUCAAAGUCGGAUGGCUCCUGAGCGCAUGAUGUGCCUGUCACAAGUUUGUGUCCCUCUGGUUUCUCUGCCUGAUUUCGAACCCCUGGUGGAGGCUCUCCUCACCUAUCAUGGGCAUGAGCCCCAGGAGGUCCUCUCUCCUGAGUUCUUCAACGCUGUGAAUGAAGCCUUCUUGUCGAGAAAGAUCAUUCUGCCCGUGUCCUCUGUGGUCAGCCUCUGGUUUCACCAUCUCCCCAGUCUUGAAAAAGCAGUGCUGAUUCUUUUUGAAAAGCUGCUCUCCAGCAAGAGAAAUUGCCUGAGAGAGAUGGAGUGCUGUAUAAAAGAGUCAUUGCUGCCUCAAGCAGCCUGCCAUCCUGCCAUCUUCAGGAUUGUAGAUGAAAUGUUCAGGUCUGUGCUGCUGGAGACCGACGGAGCCCCAGAGGUGCUCGCCGCUCUUCAGGUCUUCAUGUCGUGCUUGGCAGAAGCUCUGGAAAAAGAGCACAAGCAGAUGAAGUUUUCCCUCAAGACCUACUUCCCAUACGGUGCUCCAUCCCUCACUGCCAUGCUGUCCCAGCGCCCAGAAGCUAUCCCACAGAGGCAUCGGCUCCAGCCUCUGCUGCACAUUUCCCAGCUCCUCAGAGAAGCAGUUGAAGACCACACUCAUGGGUCCCAGCGAGACCCCUUCGAGAGCUGGUUUUUGUUGACCCACUUUGGAGGAUGGGUUGACCUGGCCAUGGAGCAGCUGCUGAGGGAGGAAGCUGAGCCCCCUGCAGACCUGCUGUGGCUCGUGGUGUUCUAUUACAGCCCGCAGGACGGGAGUCAGCAGAGAGCACAGACCAUGGUGGAGCUGAAGGCAUUGCUCAACUGCCUCCUGAUGCUGCUCAGAAGUGGCCCCCUCUCCGCUGCCGAUCUGCAGAAAGCAGCUGAGAUUCCCAGUGCAGACCCCAGGCCACCUGUAUGCAGACAGCUUGUCAGACGCCUGCUUCUUAGCCUCUUGCUCUGGACCCCAGAAGGCCAUGAAGUUGCCUGGGAAGCUGUCACCCAUAUGGCCCACACGGAGGCUAUCACCCAUGAAAUUGUUGGCUUUCUUGACCAGAUCUUGUAUAGAUCGGAUCUCCUUUGUGCCGAAGCCUCACGAAAACUGGCCGGAGAGCUCCUUCAGGAGCUGAGCCCAGGCCUAGCUCGGGUCUAG